AUGGAGAUCAGUAAUGAUGUUAAUCGAGCUAGUAACAGUUCUAGGAGUGGAAAUUCCUCCUUGUGGAGGAACAAUAGCAAUGGAGUUUUUGAAAGGUUGCCUUCUUCAAGAAGAGAAGAAGAUGAAGAAGAUCUUCAUUGGUUUGCACUAGAAAAGCUUCCAACAUAUACUCGUUUGAAGAAAGGUUUACUAACAACAUCUAGAGGAGAAGCCACUGAGAUUGAUAUUCAUAACCUUGGACUCAAAGAAAGGAAGAUUUUGAUUGAAAGGUUGGUUGCUAUUGCUGAAGAGGGUAAUGAAAAGUUUUUGCAUAAACUCAAGAAUCGGAUUGAUAGAGUUGGAAUAGAACUUCCUUCAAUUGAAGUUCGAUUUGAGCAUCUUAAUGUGGAGACAGAAGCUUAUGUAGGAACGAGAGCUUUGCCAACCUUCUUUAACGCAUACAUUAAUGUAUUCGAGGUAACUUUUCCAACAUUAAUCAUAAUCAUAAAACAUUACAAUAUGAAUAUUUCCACAUAUCUUUUCGAUGAUGAAAACUUGACACAAUGUUCAAAAUUAUUCUUACAGCGUUUAUUGACUCAUCUGCAUAUUCUUUCAAGUAGAAAGAAACAUUUGACUAUCCUUGACGAUGUUAGUGGAAUCAUAAAGCCGGGCAGAAUGACAUUGUUGUUAGGUCCUCCAAGUUCUGGGAAAACCACUCUCUUAUUGGCUUUGGCAGGGAAGCUUGACCAGAGUUUGAAGUUUUCGGGUAGGGUGACUUAUAAUGGACAUGACAUGGACGAGUUUGUACCCUGUAGAACGGCUGCCUACAUCAGUCAAUAUGAUGUGCACAUUGGAGAAAUGACUGUGAGAGAAACCUUGGCCUUCUCUGCAAGAUGCCAAGGAGUUGGAUCACGUUAUGACAUGUUAUCGGAGCUAUCCAGAAGAGAGCAACAAGCUAAUAUCAAGCCUGAUCUAGACCUUGAUGUUUAUAUGAAGGCUGCAGCAACAGAAGGCCAAGAGACGAAUGUGGUGACAGAUUAUAUUUUAAGAAUUCUGGGGUUGGAAGUCUGUGCUGAUACAAUGGUAGGGGAUGAAAUGUUAAGGGGUAUAUCAGGAGGACAAAGGAAGCGUGUAACCACUGGUGAGAUGCUUGUUGGACCGGCAAAUGCUCUGUUCAUGGACGAGAUAUCUUCUGGUUUGGAUAGCUCAACCACAUACCAAAUAGUGAACUCUCUCAAGCAAUGUGUUCGCAUUUUGAAUGGAACUACUGUCAUCUCUCUACUCCAGCCUCCACCAGAGACAUUCGAACUUUUUGAUGAUGUCAUUAUCUUAUCUGAUGGCCAAGUUGUGUAUCAAGGUCCUCGUGAACAAGUACUUGAUUUUUUUGAAUUUAUGGGGUUUAAGUGUCCUGAGAGGAAAGGUGUUGCUGACUUUCUCCAAGAGGUGACAUCAAAGAAAGAUCAAGAGCAGUAUUGGGUACGAGAUGGUGGGACUUACAAAUUUAUUACUGCCAAGGAAUUUGCUGAUGCAUAUCGAUCAUUCCAAGUGGGAUUGAAACUUGAAGAUGAGCUUGCAACUCCCUUUGACAAGAGAAAGAAUCACAAAGCUGCUUUGACUACUAAAAAAUACGGCGUGAAAAAGAUAGAGCUACUGAAAGCUUGCUUCUCAAGAGAAUUAUUGCUUAUGAGGAGAAACUCCUUUGUCUACAUCUUCAAGCUCGUUCAGCUUGCGACAUUGGCACUGAUCACAACCACAGUCUUCCUUCGAACUAAUAUGCAUCACAAUUCAGUAGAAGAUGGUGGAGUUUACAUGGGUGCAUUGUUCUUCUCUGUGGCUGCAACUAUGUUCAAUGGAAUGUCAGAAAUUUCUAUGACUAUAGCCAAGCUUCCAGUCUUUUAUAAGCAAAAGAACUUUCUGUUUUUCCCAUCAUGGGCCUUUGCUCUUCCAACAUGGAUUCUCAAGAUACCUAUAUCAUUUAUAGAAGCGGCGGUUUGGGUGAUAAUAACGUAUUAUCCCAUUGGUUUUGAACCAAACCUAGGAAGGUUUUUUAAACAAUAUCUGUUGAUAGUAACUUUAACCCAGAUGGCCUCCGGCUUGUGCCGACUUGUAGCAGCUACGACUAGAGACAUGAUCACCGGUGGCACUGUCAGUUCACUCGUGUUCCUCCUGCUUGUUGGACUAAGUGGAUUUGUGCUGUCUAGAGAUGAUAUUAAGAAAUGGUGGAUGUGGGGUUAUUGGAUUUCACCUAUGAUGUAUGGUCAGAAUGCACUAGCAGUUAACGAGUUUCUUGGGAGAAGUUGGAGACAGGUUUUACCAAAUUCAACAGAACCACUAGGAAUUGCAGUUCUGAAGUCCCGAGGUUUCUUUCUUCAUGAAUAUUGGUAUUGGAUCGGUGUGGGAGCACUGAUUGUUUUCGUCUUAGUUUUCAACAUUUUGUUCGCUUUAGCUCUUACUUGCCUCAACGCAAAGGGAAGGCCGCAAGCUGUUAAGUCGGAAGAUGGUGAGGUCAAUGAUGGAAGUGACUCAUCAAGCCACAUAACGCAGAAAGAGAAAAGAGAGGAUGUUAGGAACAGAGCUGCUGAGCAGAAAAAGGGAAUGAUUCUUCCCUUUGAACCACAUUCCAUUUCCUUUGAUAAUAUCACAUACUCUGUCGACAUGCCAGAGGAAAUGAAAAAUCACGGUGUUUUAGAUGACAAGCUGGUUCUCCUGAAUGGCAUAAGUGGUUGUUUCAGGCCCGGUGUUUUGACAGCACUAAUGGGAGUUAGUGGUGCUGGUAAAACCACAUUGAUGGAUGUUUUGGCUGGUAGGAAAACUGGUGGAUAUGUAGAAGGGGACAUCAGAAUUUCUGGCUACCCUAAGAAUCAGGAAACAUUCACCCGAGUAUCUGGAUAUUGUGAGCAAAAUGACAUUCACUCACCGCAUGUUACUGUCUAUGAAUCCUUGCUCUACUCUGCAUGGCUUCGUUUACCAUCUAAUGUUGAUUCACAAACCAGAAAGUUGUUCAUAGAGGAAGUGAUGGAGCUUGUGGAACUCUCUCCACUAAGACAAGCACUAGUUGGAUUGCCUGGAGUCAAUGGUCUCUCAACUGAGCAGCGCAAAAGGUUGACCAUUGCAGUUGAACUAGUCGCAAACCCCUCUAUAAUAUUCAUGGAUGAGCCAACUUCAGGAUUAGAUGCCAGAUCUGCUGCAAUUGUCAUGAGAGCAGUUAGGAACACAGUUGAUACAGGCAGAACAGUUGUGUGCACAAUUCAUCAGCCAAGCAUAGACAUAUUUGAAGCAUUCGACGAGCUGCUACUUCUGAAGCGAGGAGGAGAAGAAAUAUAUGUUGGGCCAUUAGGUCGGCAUUCUUGCCAUUUAAUCAAUUAUUUUGAGGGAAUCAAUGGUGUCAGCAACAUAAAAGACGGCUCCAACCCAGCAACUUGGAUGUUAGAAGUCACUACUUCAGCACAAGAAAUGGCUUUGGGGGUUGAUUUUGCUGAUGUAUACAAGAACUCAGAACUAUACAGGAGAAACAAAGAAGCCAUCAAAGGAUUUAGCAUACCUUCUCCUGGGUCAAAGGAACUCCAUUUCCCUUCUCAAUAUUCGCAGUCAUUUCUCACCCAAUGCAUAGCUUGUUUAUGGAAACAGCACAAGUCUCACUGGCGAAACCCACCAUACACCGCCGUUAGAUUGCUCUUCAGCACUAUCGCAGCCUUAAUAUUUGGGACAAUGUUCUGGGAUCUGGGAUCAAAAAGGAAACGGCAACAAAGCCUAAUGAACGCAGUUGGGUCCAUGUACGCAGCCGUUCCCUUUGCUGGAUCCCAAAAUGCAAGCGCUGUACAACCAAUUGUUUCUAUAGAAAGAACAGUCUUUUACAGAGAAAGAGCUGCAGGAAUGUAUUCACCAUUUCCAUAUACAUUUGCCCAGGUGGUUAUUGAAAUCCCAUACAAUUUGGCCCAAGCAACAGUUUAUAGCAUCAUAGUAUAUACAAUGAUUGGAUUCGAACUGAAUCUAGUUAAAUAUCUAUGGAACCUGUUCUUCACAUUCUUCGCGUUGUCGUACUACACCUACUACGGCAUGAUGAUGGUGGGAGCGACUCCAAACGUCCACAUCGCUUCAGUCGUUUCAUCGGCGUUUUAUGGAAUCUGGAACUUGUUUUCAGGAUUCAUGAUCCCCAAAACCAGGAUUCCGAUAUGGUGGAUAUGGUACUACUGGUUGAGUCCAGUAGCGUGGACCUUGUACGGACUGGUGGUAUCGCAGUAUGGUGAUGUGAAGGAAGAACUUGAAAAUGGUGAGACUGUGCAGGAAUUUGUGAGACGUUACUUUGGGUACGAUCCACAUUUUCUUCCUGUGGUUGCUUUGGUCAACGUUGCUUUUACUGUCACCUUCGCCUUCAUUUUUGCCCUUUCCAUUAGGCUAUUUAAUUUUGAGAGAAGAUAAACAAUUUACAAUUAUGUAUUUUAGGGAUAAUAUAAUGUAUUUAUCAAAGUAAAAUAAUAUUAUAAAGGUAUUUUAUGUUUAGAAUUUUUUGUUUUUGUUUUUGACAAUGAUAAGAAUAAUUAAGCACACUCAUCAUAAUACAAGGUGAAUACUCUUUCAACUAAGAAGUCUCAUUUACUAUCAAUAAUGCAUAUAUGUAAUAUGAAAAAUAUAUGUCCAGAUGGACAGAUUACA